UAUCGAGCAGCAUGGGUGGUGGUGGAGCUGGAGGUCGCGUGCACGCCUUCUUCCAACAUGGCGACUUCCAUUCCGGUUUAAUUCAGGCCAAAGGAGGCAGUUCCGGAAGCGGUGAGGCGGGCGGCCCUGGCGUCUCUUACCUCGAGGGAACUACCAUCCGGAAUCUCAGAGUGGACAAUGGAUGCCAGCAGCCAGAGGUGGUGGAACCGUCGGGCGAUACUGCAGGGGAUGCGGAGUAUGCAGCUUACAUCGAUACAGGUGCGAUAGUCCACCUGCAGCCGCCAUCAGACAACUACGUGUUUGAAUUCACGCACGUGGAACUGUAUGGAGGCGCGCACCUGACGCUCAACGGAACUGGAAUAACACUGAAAACGGAUUUCUUGUACGGGGAUGACAGUGCACAUCUGCACCUGGGACCCGGACAUAAGUUGGAACAAACUGAGGUGUCUCAGUACAGACGUACGAACAUCUCAUAUGAGGUGUUCCUCUACGAGGGCGCCACCUGGGUUUGGCCGGAUUCUACAGUCGAGUUCCGUAGGACGCUUGACCAGCGGGCGCUUGGUAUGGACACGGGCGCAACUUCCUGUUCUUCAAGUAUCUUAAGGACCACCUCUGGCCGAAUCUGGGGAAAUAUCGACGGAACGAAGUCGCAUCUCCUUGUUUCGACAGGCGCGACGUUGAAGCUAGGAGCGGCGGGGACGCGCAGUAACCAGUUCGCAACCUAACCAUACAGGACGAGGGUACCCUUGAGCUCCUAUCAGGCUACGGCAGCAUCACAGACAAGUGGACACUCAUCGUUCGACGUGGAUCAAAUAACGGACAGCUGACCAUUGAAGCGGGUGGGGUUCUAAAGGCACGGAACCUUUUGGUCCAAACUGACAUCAUCAAAGUGGACGCGUUGGGUAUUUUGACUGCUUCCGGUUCCGGAAAGACGGACGGUGACGGCGCUGGGGCUAAUACUGGUGGCGGCAGUUUUGGUGGACGAGGCGGUAACGGAAACGGCGGAGUGUCAGGAAAUACGUAUGGUGAGGUGGUAAUUUCCAGCUGCCUAUUUGGUCCGGCGGCUCCAGUGCUUCAACAACUUCAGGGACGGGCGGUGGUGCAAUUGAACUCGAAAUCGCACAGAUACUGCUGGUGGAAGGGACCAUAGAAGCCAGCGAAAAAUCCGGUUCAAGCGCCAUCGGGGGUGGCAGCGGCGGCUCCAUUUUAGCAAAUACACGCGAAUUUGCGGGCUCUGAAGUAUCAGGGUGGCGGGUGGCGACGGAAGUACCGGCUCGGGCGCUGGUGGCGGUGGUCGCCUCGCCGUCUAUUACAAAAUGCCGACUACUGGUUUGGGACGCUAGAUGCCAGGGGUGGGUCCGGCAGCUAUGGUGUCGGCGGCGCCGGAACUAUUUAUCUUAAGGACAUGACAACAGACGCUCAGAAUCAAACCCUGAUUAUUGAUAACUUUGGUACUGCCGUUCAGACUCCGGAAAUAGCGGACCACACUUACUCUGGAUACAACAGUGAAGAUGGGCUGACAUGGAUAGCUGAUAGCACCCUCGGGGAAAUGAAACACUAUAAGGAUCGUGAGAAACGCCCAUCUUGCCCUGCACCCGGAUUUGGCCCAAUCUAGUGUGGGCUUCACCCUGCAGGCUUACAUUUUCGAUGGCGACUCUAGCGCAAGCCUGCAUAUAGGACCGGACCAGUUGGUUAUCGUUCAGCACCCGGAAGACCUGGAGUUCCUGGUGAACGUCUACGUGUACGAGGGUGGCAAGCUCGUCUUCCCCACGGACUUCAUAUGCCACGAUGUCAGCAUUUACGUCUGGGGUACGCUAGGAGCCAUCGACAUGACUGUAGGCGAAGGCUGCUCCCUGUAUCUGGGCAGUUCAGGUACGAGCACGCGGACUGACGUGCCGCCCAACCCAGGGACCUUCGACAUGGAUUCCCUCACCGU